UCCCCCUCAAACACGAAAACUCUUUGGGUUGUGCGGCGUUACAUACAUGGCUUUGUAUUUUUGAGCGUCAUUGUCAUUGUUUCAUAAUUUUGUUGACUCCCGAUACUCAGGCAUCAAUCGAUUCACCAUACCCCCCUUGUUGUCCCAGUCACCCCUCCUCGUCUACUCCGACCGCCCCAUCUGAUGUUCGCUACGCCCGACUUACUUGCCCGAAGCUGCUGGUCUGUCUCUGGUCGCAAGCAUUGAUACCCAACUAUAAGACGCGACGUCUUGUGAGUGCAACAUGUUGGACGCAUUGUCACCGCGAUCCACCAACCAAGUGAUCAGGCCCAAGGUGUCGAUGGAGCGGAAAGUGCUGGAUAAGAACGCUGCCGCCGCCGCCGCCGCCGCUCAGAAAUCCUCGUCGUCGAAGAACCAUGCGCCACCACCGCCGUCGUUAGUCGUUGAGCCCGAGGAGGAUGGAGAGCAAUACUCGACCGGUGCGUUUCUGGGGAAAGGGGGAUUCGCGAUCUGCUAUGAGGGAACCCUGUUGCGCAAUGGCCGCGUCUUCGCUAUGAAAGUGGUCCGGUCUGAAAUGGCCCAGAAGAAGAUGCAAGAGAAGUUCCGAACAGAGCUUCAGAUUCAUUCGAAAAUGCGCCACCCCCAUAUCGUCGAGUUCCAUCGCGCCUUCGCCUUCGACAGCUGCAUCUAUGUCAUCCUGGAAUUAUGCCCCAAUGGAUCGGUCAUGGAUAUGGUCCGGAAGAGGAAAUGCUUGAGUCUACCCGAGGUCCGACGGUUUAUGGUCCAGCUCUGCGGUGCAGUGAAAUAUCUGCACAAGCGGAAUGUCGCACACCGAGACUUGAAGAUGGGGAACCUCUUUCUGGACAAGAACAUGGACAUCAAGGUCGGCGACUUCGGCCUGGCAGCGAUGAUCGUAUCAGAGAAGGACGAAAAGCGAAGAAGAACGUUAUGCGGUACACCAAACUAUAUUGCGCCGGAGGUUCUGGAUCGGAGCAAGGGUGGACACACUCAGAAGGUGGAUAUCUGGUCAUUGGGUGUUAUUUGCUUUGCUAUGCUUACAGGUUACCCACCGUUUCAAUCUAAAACGCAAGAAGAGAUUUACAAGAAAGUUCGAAACCUGACAUAUGUCUGGCCCAAAGGGGCCGAGUGCGCCAACCACAUUCCCGAAGAGGCUAAGACCCUCGUGAGCUCGUGUCUCAAUCUGUCAGAAGAUGAACGCCCCGAACCGGAUGACCUGGUUGAGCAUCCGUUUUUCAGCAUGUACGAAGGCUGUAUACCGAAACGUCUAGAUCCGAGAAGCUGUCUCAACAGGCCUGUCUGGUUGAGACCGGACGAGCCUCGUGGCGAUCACAUGAUGAUGGGUUAUAGUUUGGAGUACGACGACAAGCUUUCUGGAUAUAUAGAACACGUGGACGACCCAAGUCAGCGAUAUGCCAUAUGUAGAGCCGCGUUCUACACGCUAUGCGGAGUGGGCCGAAAACCGGAUGGCUCUGCGCGCAAGGCUGCGGGCAGAAACUGCGCGAAGUCUGCUUAUGCUGAGUGUCUGAUUGAGGAGGAAAGAGGUUUCCAGCCGGUCAUUCCGUUGCCGGAAGACAUUGUGUACAAAUAUCCCAAUGUUCCAGACGGGGAUUGGAGCGACCCGGUAUCUGCUCUCUUGGCCCGAAAGGACGGUUCCUCAUUCGACGACAGUGUGCUCUCCAGGAAAAGCAGUGGAUCUGUACAUGCUAAUGCAGCUUCACUUACCCGCACUCAAGCAGCACUGGCCGCUGCCCAGCAGCGACGGAAGGAAUCUCAGAGCCACGCGGCGACGCUCCGGCAGCAGGCUGCUACUGGCAGAGGAUCUGUCCGGAAAAUACCCGCGAUCUGCGAACCUCCAGCUGCAACAGCACGGGCUGUCUCUGACGGAAGAGGUGCUGAGUCUCACGUUCCAGCUGCAACGUCGAUUCCCACGGGUGGACUGGCUGAACGCCCUAUCCGAGCGCGGCGUGGCGUGGCGGCCUCCUAUUCUGGCUCGUUGCGCGACUUGGAUCGAAAUAUUCCACCGCAAGCGUUGCCGAGCAAUGGGCCCGGCAUACUCACUAUCGGCAAAACGCGGUCACAGUCCCGUAGACUGGAGGCUGCUAGCCAAGAAAGCACCCAGACGAUGCCGGUUGUGAAAGAGCGCGCUGUGUCCGCAACAGCAGACAGCAAACCUGUGAAAGCACGCCAGCCAUCACUCCGUUCAGCCCCAAAGGCGGAGCCCACUGAAGCACCAAAGCCAAGGUCAGAACCUAAGGAGUCCUCCAGUGAAGGCUCGACCGGGGAGCGAAAACUUGUGCGUUCUGAGACACAGUCUUCACAGUCGACCAGCAGCUCUAGCAGCAAGGCAACCACCUCAUCGGGUAGCAAGCCACGAUCGACGCUAGGGGUUCAUCCUCUCUUCCACUCGAGUGACCCCUGCGAGGUACUUCCAAGGACAUCGCUGGAAGACGUGAAUGCCGACCUGAGACAUAUGCUAGCGAACAUGAUACCCCAUUCCGCGGCUCGAAGAAGGGCAGGGCUGCGUAGAACGCCUCACUCGUAUGUCAUCAAAUGGGUAGAUUACACCAAUCGGUACGGCAUCGGCUAUGUGCUGGAUGAUGGCAGCGUUGGGUGUCUAUUCAAGGCUGAGCACAGCCAGCAAGCGAGUGGCGUCGUGGUACGGGACGGCGAAAGACAUAUUCGCCGCAAAGCCCGUAGCCAGGAGGAUGGGCACUACGUCUACCCGGAAGCCGAUCAACUGAUUCCACGACACGGGAAGCCGGUGGAAUUCUACGAGAACUGUGAUCUGCACUUUUCCGAAUGCCGCGGUGGGAUUCGGAAAGCGUCCAUUUCGCCGUCACUAUUCGAAGUGAAGAGCUCCUCCAGUGGCUCGUCAGGUUCUGGUAUCAAAGUCCGCACGAACUCGGGCAUUGACUGUGCGCGUGCGGAUGCGGAGAAGAUCAAACGUGUCAAGUUGGUUGAUCAGUUUGGCAAGUACAUGAUCGGGUCUCUUGGUCGACAUGGCGACGAAACCCUUGUCGAAGAUGAAUUGGCCACCGACAACCCAGGCCAGUUCAUCAAGUUUUAUCAGAGGCUGGGCAAUGUGGGCGUCUGGGGAUUUGGAGACGGCGCAUUUCAGUUCAACUUCCCGGAUCACACCAAACUCGUCAUCUCUCCAGGGCGUACAAGAAGUUCGUCACCGUGGGUUGACUUCUAUCACCUUUCACCUUCGGCUGCGCGGUACCUGAGCGCCAAAGGAAGAAUGCACCCCUCUGGGUUUGACACACGGGCUGUAGCGUCGGACGAAGUUUCGACGUUCCUCAGCAUCGCCUAUGGCGGUAGUGCCGGUGCGGCGGACGACCGAAUCCGCGACGUUCUUGACGCGAAUCUAUUCAUGCAAAAGAUCAUCUUCAUCAAAGAGGUCAUGAAGGGUUGGAUUAAGCAAGGGCGGCUAGGAGGGCGGCCGUCAUCUUCUGAGGGUCUCAGUGCGCUUGAAAUCUUCUGGGAGGGCUCCCAGGAACGCGCCCACGCAGGCAGCAGCGGCAGCAAGUUUGUUUGGGUGACCGUCGGCGCGCCAGGCGGAGAUGGAGAGUAUCGGUCCAUCUCCUUGAAGGAUAAGAAGGGCGAGGGGGAGGUCGAAGAGGAGGUCGAAGCGCUACGGGAGCGUCUUCGGAUGCUGGGAGUACCAACGUAGGCCCUAUCCGGGCCGUUUGCCAUUGUUUACGAUGUUACGAAUGAUUGCGCUCGCUUCUCUUUCCUUGUGUUAUCGGGUCCAGGCUUGCAUAUCUACUGGCUGUUUGCCGGUCUGCGUCUGUGGUUAGUCUAUUUUUCUG